AUGGGAAGGUCGACCCGACUGAAGGCAUGCUUUAUAAUUUUUUGUCUUUCCUUUGUUAUUGCUACUUAUUCUCCUUUUGCAAAAUGGGUUUUUACCCCAAACAAUCUAGUAGAUGGGAAGAUCAAAGACUUAUCAUCUAAUAGCAAUGAGCCUUUCGCAGGAGAUGGUAACAUAAUUGCUACAUCAGAUGUAACUUGUAAAGGUUUUCAUAUCUAUUCUCGUACUGCUUUCUACUGAGGAACUGCAAGUGCUAUUCCCUCGUCCACAGUAGAGUUUGGGGUAAGUAUAUGAAUGAGCUUACAAGGCAAUGGAUACCCAGUUUAUAUAGCACGUUUAUAUUCAGACAUGACAUCUUAUUACACCGAAUUUAAGGAUCAAAUCUUGAUUUUUAGAACAACUGAAGACGAAAAAAAAGAAGUUCCUAUUUCCGAAGGUAUGUUUUAGAUAGGAAAAUGAAUAUUUUUGGUAUAUUAUUUUGUUAAAAUUCAAUCCCUUUGGACUUUGUCAGUUAUUUCUCCAGAGUUUUCCACUGUUACUUUAACUGAUGCCUACGAACCAGGGAAAUUAAUUAUGAUUGGAAAUAUUAUAGAUGCAUAUUAUUAUGAGAUUCAAUUCUUCAAAAAAGCUACUAUAAACUCGUCUAUUGUCACUUUAUAUGACAACCUUGAUGCUACUUAUGAUGCUACAACUUCGACUUGUUCAGCUUCUUGUAAUACUUAUUGUCACCCCGAUGUGGGAUGCUUAAGCUCAACACCUUGCCCAUGUCCGACACUUUGCACGUGCUCUGCAAAUGAUGGAGUGUGCUCAUCUUGCAACGAUCCAAAUGGUGACCUUGCAAAUAAGUGUCAAUGCAAAACUAAUUAUGCUCUCGAAGGACUUACUUGUGUCUUAAGUAAUUUUUAUGCAGAUUCUCCUCUCAAUUGUGCAUUAUGAACAGCAGAAAAGGUAUGCACUCAAUGCAAUCCAAGCUUUUUCCUCUAUAAUAGCGGCUCUAUUACAAGCUGCUUACUCCCCCCAUCCUUGAUCAAACGAUUUGACUGUAAAAAUUCCUAAAAAUUGGCAAAAUUAGCCCACCAUCCUUGAUCGAACGAUUUUCACAUCAUGCAAAUUUUUAUAUAUAUAUAUAUAAAAAUAUCUUUAAAAUUUAAAAUUUUUAAUUCAAUAAGAAACAAAUUAAAAUUUAUACAGUUUAAAGGGGUAACCAAUAGAUUAAAAUAUUAAAAUUGGUAUUCUUACGAAAUUAAUUCAAUUUUUUGUUGUAAAAAUAAUUAUUAAAUACUCUUAACCCUCUUAUUUAAAAGUAUAUAAAAAAAAAUAUUUUUUUAUUUUAUAUAAAAUUUUUUCUCAAAAAUAUUUUUUAACCCCCAUCUUGAUCGAACGAUGGUGAGCCGUUUGAUCAAGGAUUGGGGGUAGUUAGGUAACUUUUAUUUAGCUUGUGACUCAUGCACUUCUUGCAAUGCUAGUCCUACUUGCUUUAAAUGUACUGAUGUAAUUUCUCAAGUUGGAAACUCCUGUAUUGUUGACUCAGUUGGGUACAAACUUAGCUUUGCUUCUCCAAACAUUGUUUUUGACUUCGCCUAUCCGUUAGCAAAGACUCUAAAAAUUAGCAACUUAAAAGCAACAACUGCUGAUAACCAGGCUAUCGCGACCACUACUUGGCAAAUCCACUCACAAACUGCAAGCCAGUUACAGAUUAGAACUGAUCUAAUUCUAAGCCAACUCCCAAUCAAACUUGACUUCAGCUUUGAGCAGGACCCUUAG